AUGAUUAUAUUCUCCAUCCUCGUGCUACUUCUUGCACGCCUCUCCUCUACCCAAUAUGCCGGUACCCUGGACGUGAACAACCCAAGCUGCCCGCGACGCCAUGGCCCUCAGCUACACUACGAGUGGACCUUCACCCGCUCGGAAGGACACCAUUGUUACGACAUCAACCUCCCUAAAAAUCACUACUUCUUAUCUAUGAAAGCCAGUCGUGAUGGUCCUGUUCUUGGGCCGCCUGAUGUUCUGGGGGUAUGUGAGGCAUCGAACUGCAGGAACUGCACCUACUUCAGAGUGCCACCCGACCAGACGUUGGAUAAUGUCCAUAUUCCAUGUCUGGAGGCUUCGGGAAGGCGAUAUAUCUACAUCGGUCGUUAA